CAAAUGGCGGAUGACGCCGGUGCUGCGGGAGGGGCAGGAGCAGGAGGAGCAGCUGCCAGGGGAGGCUUCCGAGGAGGCUUUGGCAGUGGAGGCCGGGGCCGUGGAAGAGGUCGGGGCCGUGGUCGGGGCCGUGGUCGCGGAGCUCGAGGCAAAGCUGAAGACAAAGAAGGAUGCUUCAUUGGCAGAGGAGCAGAAUCAUUUCUUUGCCUGUUUCGAAGUGAAGCCAUCAGAGGCAGCUGUGCCACAGCCACUAGUCCGCCACAGCCCUCCCCUCACCAUGGAGGAGCAUGAGUGGAUGCCUGUGACCAAACUUGGCCGACUGGUAAAGGACAUGAAGAUCAAAUCUCUGGAAGAGAUCUACCUUUUCUCUCUUCCAAUCAAGGAGUCUGAAAUCAUUGACUUCUUCCUGGGUUCCUCCCUGAAGGAUGAGGUUUUGAAAAUCAUGCCAGUGCAGAAGCAAACGCGGGCAGGCCAGCGCACCAGGUUCAAGGCGUUUGUUGCCAUUGGGGAUUACAAUGGUCAUGUUGGUCUUGGGGUCAAGUGCUCUAAAGAAGUGGCCACUGCCAUUCGUGGGGCCAUCAUCCUGGCGAAACUCUCCAUUGUGCCAGUAAGACGAGGCUAUUGGGGAAACAAGAUUGGCAAGCCUCAUACUGUGCCAUGCAAGGUGACAGGCCGGUGUGGGUCUGUCCUGGUUCGCCUUAUUCCUGCCCCACGUGGUACAGGAAUUGUGUCUGCGCCCGUUCCAAAGAAGCUGCUGAUGAUGGCGGGAAUCGAUGACUGCUACACCUCGGCCAGGGGCUGCACUGCUACCUUGGGCAAUUUUGCUAAAGCCACUUUUGAUGCUAUCUCCAAGACCUACAGUUAUCUGACCCCUGAUCUCUGGAAAGAAACUGUUUUCACUAAAUCUCCUUAUCAGGAGUUCACUGAUCAUCUGGCAAAGACCCACACCACCAGAGUGUCUGUGCAAACAACUCAGGCGGCUGCUGUGGCAACCACCUAAAAGAUCCUGUACAUCAUUAAUAAAGUAAUCCUUAAAUUUUAAACCAA